AUGACCAUGUUUUUGGGUUUGCAGAUCUGUCAAGAUUCAACCAGAAUCCUUUUGCAUCAAGGAAAAUAUGUUGAAGACAUGCUUGAGAAGUUUGGGUUUAAAGACUCCAAAGCUGCCUUGACGCCGAUGGCUGAGCGACCCUUGUUGUCUCCAGAUCCUGAUGGUGAAUCUGCAGAUCAAACAGAGUAUAGAUCGAUGAUCAGAUCCCUGAUGUAUCUGACUGCGACCAGACCCGUCAUCAUGUUCGCAGUCUCUGACUGCAAUUAUGGAGGUUGUGAACUUGACGGGAAAUCAACAUCCGGGGGAUGUCAAUUCUUAGGCGACCGUCUGGUGUCUUGGAAGUGCAAGAAACAACAAAUUGUCACAACCUCAACGGCGGAGGCAGAAUACGUUGUUGCUUUUGCCUGUUGCUCUCAAGUAAUAUUGGAUUCAACAUCAGUUGUUAGACUACGGUUUGAAUUUUCUUGA